AUGUUGCGCCGUCCGUGUGAUGCUCACACGUCCGAGUCCAUCUGCGGGCAGCAUGCAGGCGACUUGAGGCCGGGGCAAUUGGCAAAGCUUGUGCCUCCGGAUAUCUUGGCUGCUCUCGUGCCUGGUCGUGCAGUCGAACGACUUCCGGUCACCCUCGGCCACAGGCUGGCUUGCAUCGGUGUGGGCUUGAUUUGCCUGAAGCCACCGACGCGCAACUUGCUUCGGGAAGCCAUUCUCUCGCAGCUAGAGUUCCGCCUGCACAGCCUUUCUGAAUUGAAGCUGAGGGCUUACCUUCGUUAA